GGUUUAAGGAUAAGCACUUCAUACAGUUUAAACGAGUUUAGCUUGGCAGCUAUGCAGGCAAGCUAUCAAUUAUUAUUCGAAUGAAAGAAGAUAAAGGAGCAUAAUAUGUCUAUUACAAUCUAGUGACUUCAUCUCAUAAAUAUAGAAAGGCAUUUGGUGAUAAUAUAGAAGUAAUAUUUUAUUUUAUUAUCUUUUUAGUUUGCUUAACUCAAAUAUAUUGAUAAAUAAGUCAAUAAAAAUGAAAUCACUGUUGUUAUGAGAUUCUUACCUGUCAAUUAUUCUAAUGAAAAGUUACCUCUAUAAAAUAUCAGAAGCGAAGAAUUAUUUUAAUGUAUUUCAUUCAUUUUAUUAUUCAAAGACCAUGGAAUGAAAUAUGGAAUUUUUAAGACUUCUGAUUAUGAAAUUGCUGAAAACAUCAAAAAGAAAAUUAUUAGGUAAUUACUAAUAUAUAAAUUAUAAUAAGUCAUUUCUAAAACAAAAAAUAUAAUGAUAUUCACAUUACUAUUAAAGCUUAAAAGAAAUCUGCUAAAAAGGUCAAAGCAUUUUUAGAAGAUGAUUCAAUCAAUCCAAGAUCUUAAUUAGAAUUAAAAAUUGGAGUACCUUUGAGUCCAACUAAAAUACCUCCUCUUAUUGUCAAAGAAAUUGAAUAACCAAAAAUUAAACCUACUCUACUUCAACCAACUAUUUAGGCUAUGUUUUUAUUUUCUAAUUAUUAGAUAAAUUACUGUUCCUUAAGUUCAAAUUAAAUAGAUAAAACCAGCUACAAUUAUUGAAUAAAGUGAUCAGAAACUUAUAGCAAGAGCUGUUUAAUUAAAACCAGUCACAUUAAAUAUUGAUAGAGAAAGAAGCUCAAGGAAAAAAUGAUGAUUUAAUAAUAAGCAAUAUUAGCG